AUGGUCCAUUUAGCAAACAACAUCAAAAUUAUCAAGCGGGUCGGGUACAGCCGAUAGAGAAGAAGAGACCAUCGGAGCCGAAAAAGCUUCAGUUCGCCGGCGAUUGUUAGUCGGAGAAUCCCAUUUUCCCGGCUCCUCAGAUUCUUCCUGGAGUAUACUAUUUUGUUAGGGCUUCUUCAUUUUUGUACUGUUUUUCUUCCUUGAGCUGAAGGUCUAUCGGAAACCGUCUCUCUACCUCCGAGUUGUAGGAUACUCAAACAUCCUACUUUAUCUUCACUUGAUGUCUCGGAAGCGUAAUGUCAUUGUUGCCACAGGCUUGCUAGUCUUUGCAUCUGCUGGCUUAUCCUUUCCGUUUUACCUGGCGUCAAGAUCAUCAAGGGCAACUCCAGUCAUUGAUUCAUCAAAGCCAUUGCCACCCCAGGCGACGUUUCGUGGCCCUUACAUCAACACAGGAUCGCGUGAUAUUGGGCCUGAUCAUCAAACAUACCCUAAGAAAUAACAUCUUUCUAGAUUAGAUAUUAGUUUUGCUAGUUAUUGAAGUCACUCUAGAUUUCCCCUUUCUUUCUAUUUAAUGAAAAGAGAUAAUAAUGAGAGUCUGUUGAAACUGGCUCAGGAGAAAUUAGAAUGUUUGAGAGUGAUCCAGGAGCGCCCUAGCUGGCCUGGACACCAUUGUUAUCGAAAACUCUGGAGGAAAUUUGCAUGUUUGAGAGUGA